GGUGCGCCGCCUCCCUCCCCCCCCCGGCCGCGCCCUGCCGCCGGGGACCCCCUUCCGCCCCGGCGGAGGGAGGGCUCGGACCAUGGCCUGGGGCUCCCCCCCGCGGCCGCCGCUCCUCCGCCCCCUCCUCCUCCUCCGCCCCCCCCUCCUCCUCUCCUUCCCGCCCUCGCUCACCCCGAAGGCGCCGGGCAGCGGCGGCAGAAGCGGGCCGAGCCGGCGAGGGGGAAGAUGGGCGUGAAGUCCCGGAAGGCAGCCUCGGCGGCGGGGCUCCCGGCGGCGGCCCCCGGUGGGGCGCGGGAGGGCCAGCGGGCGGCGGGGGAGCUGGCCUCGGCCGGGGACCUGGAGCAGGGCACCCUGGCUCUGGGCGCCGGGGCGGACCGGGACGGGGCCCUGCUGCUGGAGGGGGCGGGCAGGGGCGGCGGGGGGAAGCGCUCGGCGCCCGCCAUCGGGCUGCUGGCCAAGACCCCGCUGAGCCGGCCCGUCAAGCGGAACAACGUCAAGUACCGGCGGAUCCAGACGCUGAUCUACGACGCGCUGGAGCGGCCGCGGGGCUGGGCGCUGCUCUACCACGCCUUCGUAUUUCUGAUAGUCCUGGGAUGCUUGAUUUUGGCUGUCCUGACCACUUUCGGAGAAUAUGAAAAAGCCUCUGGAUAUUGGUUGUUGCUUCUGGAAACCUUUGCCAUUUUCAUCUUUGGAGCAGAAUUUGCCUUAAGGAUCUGGGCAGCUGGCUGCUGCUGUCGAUACAAGGGAUGGCGUGGGAGGCUGCAAUUUGCCAGAAAGCCUCUGUGUAUGUUGGAUAUCUUUGUACUGAUAGCCUCUGUCCCAGUGGUAGCUGUUGGCAACCAAGGCAAUGUCCUGGCUACAUCGCUGAGAAGUCUCCGUUUCCUCCAGAUCCUGCGGAUGUUGCGUAUGGACCGGAGAGGUGGCACCUGGAAGCUUCUGGGAUCAGCUAUUUGUGCACACAGCAAAGAACUCAUCACUGCCUGGUACAUUGGGUUCUUAACCCUUAUUCUCUCCUCCUUCCUGGUUUAUCUGGUGGAGAAGGAUGUGCUUGAAAAAGAUGAGGAUGGAAAAGAGACAAAAGAGUUUGGAACCUAUGCUGAUGCCCUUUGGUGGGGACUGAUUACGCUAGCAACAAUCGGCUACGGCGACAAGACGCCUAAAACAUGGGAAGGGCGCUUGAUUGCAGCAGCAUUUUCCCUUAUUGGAGUUUCAUUUUUUGCCCUUCCAGCUGGCAUUUUGGGUUCAGGGCUGGCCCUAAAAGUCCAGGAACAACAUCGCCAAAAGCACUUUGAAAAAAGAAGGAAACCAGCAGCAGAACUCAUACAGGCUGCCUGGAGGUACUACGCUACUAAUCCUAAUAGGAUGGAUCUUGUGGCCACAUGGAGGUUUUAUGAGUCUGUUGUAUCAUUCCCAUAUUUCAGGAAAGAACAAGUGGAUGGAACCAGCCAAAAGCUGGGUCUCCUGGAUCGGGUUCGUGGUAGCAAUACUAAAGGAAAGCUAUUUACUCCUCUGAAUGUAGAUGCAAUCGAGGAAAGUCCUUCUAAAGAAUCUAAGAACGUUGUCUUGAUUAACAGAGAGCGUCUCCGUACUGCAUUCCGAAUGAAAGCUUAUGCAUUCUGGCAAAGCUCAGAAGAUGCUGGAACAGGGGAUCCUCUGGCAGAAGACAGAGGAUACAGCAAUGAGCUUCUCAUGGAAGACCUGAUCCCCACACUGAAGAUGGUCAUCCGAGCUGUUAGGAUACUACAGUUCCGCCUCUAUAAGAAAAGGUUCAAGGAGACUCUGAGGCCUUAUGAUGUAAAGGAUGUGAUAGAGCAAUAUUCAGCUGGACAUCUUGACAUGCUUUCCAGAAUCAAAUACCUUCAAGCAAGAAUAGAUAUGGUUUUUGCACCUGGACCUCCAUCUACCCCCAGACACAGAAAAUCUCAAAAGGGAGGAACAUUCUCUUACCCUUCGCAGCAGUCUCCAAGGAAUGAACCAUUCAUAAGUAAAGCAUCCACAGAUGAUCCCGAAGACCAAAGUAUGAUGGGCAAAUUUGUCAGAGUUGAAAGACAGGUCCAUGACAUGGGGAAGAAGCUGGAUUUCUUAGUAGACAUGCACAAGCAGCAUAUGGGACAGCUGCAAGUCCAAGUUCCUGAAGCGUGUACUUUGAAAGAAGCAAUGUCCCCAGCUGAGGAUAACCGAUUUUCUGAACUGAAAUCCAUCAUUUACAAAUACUCCAAGCCUUCCAUUCAUGAAUUGUCUCCAAGCUUCCACCACGUUCCUGUGAACAAAGUUCCUCCUUUUGGAUUCUCAACCCAGGACUGUGGUCACAGUCCACUUUCAUUGCCAAUGAGUGAGCAGAACUCAGGCAGAUGGCAAGCCAUGCCAUUCUCAACUACAUACUCAGAAAGGCCCACAGUUCUACCAAUACUGACUUUCAUGGACCCUCAUCUUUCCUUCCAGUCCCCACCGAGAGAGCUCUGGAGCCCCCAUUCGGACAGAAUCUCCUCGAGGCAGAGGCAAAGCAUGACAAGAGACAGUGACACCCCCCUCUCGCUGCUCUCUGUCAAUCAUGAGGAACUUGAACGCUCACCAAGUGGGUUUAGCAUCUCUCAAGACAAAGAUGACUUCCUGUUCGGGCCAAAUGGAGGAAUGAGUUGGAUGAAAGAAAAACGCUAUUUGGCGGAGGGUGAAACGGACACAGAUACUGACCCUUUCACUCCAAGUGGUUCUAUGCCUCUGUCCUCAACAGGGGAUGGGAUUUCUGAUUCAAUAUGGACUCCUUCAAGCAAGCCCAUUUAAACUUCUCUAAGCGGGUGGGGAUGGGGAGGGUGGAGACACGGACUGGCUUUUUCUUGUCAUGUAAACUUAAACUUUGUAUAUCUUAUGAUUCAUGCCCAAAGCUUCCUCGCUCAAAAG